AUGUUCGGUUCGCGCCAUCUCUCUUUCACCGAUGCCUCCUCCCUCCUCUCCUCCACCGCCGAUUCCGCCGCCGAUUCCCCAGCCGGAGGACUCAACUCCCGCCGUCCCAGCUCCCCGCUACUUAGCGUCUCCAGCGAACCUGACAUUGAGCACAGCGGCGGAGGCUCGGGGCAAGCCGGCCGCUCGAGCAGCUACGGGGGAGCGGGGGCUAUGUCGGGGCUAAGUGCGGGGGGCAUGGGGGGGGAGGCUCGGCGCGUGCGCACGCGCAUGCCGCUGGAAAACCAUGCGCCUGUGGCGCCUUCGGAAGGGGGAGUGGCGAUUCUGCGCGGGUCACUGAACACGGACCUGUCGUCUCUAUCCGCCGCGUCAGCGCUUCUUCCCUACACGCGCGACUUCAUCUUUCCGGGGGAGCUGCUGCAGGUCGUCGUUCACAGGACGCCUAUCGACCCCUUCACCCACCCCUCCUUCUCCGAACCUCCGCUUGCCGAGCUUCCCGGCGAGGCUCGGGACAGCAACGGGCAGCAGCCGUACCACCAGUCCAUACCGUCCGGAGGCUCGGGAGCGGCGAUAGGCGUGAGCGGAAGCGGUGGGGGAACGUGGGGGGAGGAUGCGCGGUGGGGGGUGGGGAUGCGCGCGGGGAAGGGGCGGAUUGGGCGCUCGGGAUUAGGGGGAGAGACUGGGAGCCCAGCUAAGGGGGGGGCAGGUCCUGAGGUAGAUCAUGGGAUGGAGGGAGGUGGGGAAGGAGGGGAAGGCGAGGGAUCCGCUGUGGUAGCUGCAGAUGGGUUGAGUGCGGUAGGGGCGUUGAGCGGAGGAGGGAGGGUGAGCGUGGGAGGGAGGGAGGACGGGGAGGUGCGGCAGCAGAGGACGAGGGAGCUGCUGGAGAUUGCACGGCGGUCGCUGUACGAUGUGCACUUGAGCGAGCCCAUCCCAGCCGCCUCACGGCCACCCAACCAGCAGCAGCAGCAACAGCAGGCGGGGAGGGAGGCAGCGCAGUCCCCGAGUGCGUAUGGGGUGAUGCCAGUGCCAGCGGAUAUUGCAGGAUACGACCCGGCCACAGCUGCAGGGCUGGGCAGGCGCGUUGUCUCCACCAGCUCGCUACCCAAUGGGGACGUCGUGGUUCGUACUCCAUCAUCCCUCCCAUGCCUCCCUCUUGUUCUCCCCAUUCUUUCCAUUCUCCUUCAUCGUUUUCCGCUACCCAACAGGGACGCCGUGGUUCGUACCCCGUGCCUCCCAUACCUCCCUCUUGUCCCCUCUCCUUCUCCCCAUUCUUUUCAUUGCUCAUCAAACGCUUUCCUCUUCCCAGUGGGGAUGUCGUGGCCUGUGCUGCUGGAAGUGGCAGUGUCCACCACAGCCCUCAUCCCAGAUGCCACUUUCGAGAUCCGCCAGUUCGAGCCGUCUCAAACCAGAUAUAAUACCACCCGCACACUCCCCCUCUUACGCAUCACCCAUGGUGCUGCUGGAAGUGGCAGUGUCCACCACAGCCCUCAUCUCCUUACUCUCUCAUUUCCACUUUCAUCACCCACGUUCCUCCCUCUCAUCACCUUUCCACCACAACAGGUGCUGCUGGAAGUGGCAGUGUCCACCACAGCCCUCAUCCCCGACGCCACUCUUGAGAUCCGCCAGUUCGAGCGCUUCCCCAUGCCCUUCGGGCCCCCCUCCGCCCCUCCACCCGCUCCUGCUCUUGCUGCUGCUGCUCCCCUCCCAUGCAUCACCCAUCCAUCAUGGCAGGUGCUGCUGGAAGUUGCAGUGGCCAGUGUCCACCACAGCCCUCAUCUCCUUACUCUCUCAUUUCCACUUUCAUCACCCACGUUCCUCCCUCUCAUCACCUUUCCACCACAACAGGUGCUGCUGGAAGUGGCAGUGUCCACCACAGCCCUCAUCCCCGACGCCACUCUUGAGAUCCGCCAGUUCGAGCGCUUCCCCAUGCCCUUCGGGCCCCCCUCCGCCCCUCCACCCACCCCUGCUCUUGCUGCUGCUGAUGGCACUGCUGCUGCUGCUGGCGAUGGUUCCGACGCUGCUGCUGCUUCUGCCGAUGGUGAUCUGCUCUUCUGGCUCUUCCCUUUGGAGCGCCUUCCUCCCAACUCCACCACUCCGUCCCCUGCUGCAGCAGCCAGACCCGCCAUUCCUCUCCCUGCCGUCGCCACCUCUGGUUGGGGCACCCCAUCCGCUUUCAAUUUCACCUCUGCCGCUCCCCCGACCCCCUCGGUCGCCCCUAGCACGCCAGUCGGCUUCUCCCUCUCUCUCCCCCGCGUUUCCGCCUCCUCCUCCUCCGGCCUAGCAGCAGUCAGCGCUGCUGCCACAACAGGGAAUUCCCCUUCCAAUUCCCCCAAAAAACGCACCUCGUCAACGUUUCGAGACGACGGAGGUGGAGCGGGAGGCGGGGGAGGGGGGACGGUCUUGGGCGGGUUGGCAUGGGGGACGCAUGAGACGGGGGCGGUGGGAUGGGAGGGGCUUCUCUCGUUCCGAGGGGUGCCUUUAGAGCCGCAGAGAUUCAGUGGGAACUGCGGGCGGCUGGGGCCGUUUGUGCCUGGGAGGAAGUGGGUGCGGGGCGUGCGGGUGCUGCAGCCGCUGUGUGUGGAGAGUUAUACAGCGGAGUGUGGGCAUGAGGAUGUGAUCUGCGUCAUGGUUGAGAACAUUCUCCCGCGUGAGGGAGCAACAGCGGGCGUGAUUCUGUACGUGGACAGCAUAAGUCUGGAGGCGCGCUCCUCAGUCUCCAUGUCGCUGCAGCAGUCCCUCCCCGUGCACGUCGCCCGCCUCGAGAGCGGCUCCAGCAAGGAGGCCCUCCCGGGCCUGCCCCUCCGGCCGGGCGAGCAGCACUCGUUCAUCAUCACCCCACAGUGCUCCGGCAACGCACAGAUCGUCAAGGCCCCUUCCGGAGCAAACAAGGACGCAGGCGGGCGGGGCAGACGACCAGGCGGAGCAGGAGCAGGAGGAGGGAGCGCUAAAGGGGGCCCGCUAUCAGGAGGGAACGAGGGCUCGAGCAACUCGCUUGCGGCAGCGUUUUCGUUUGGACGGUUGACGGAGAAGGCAGCGGUUUUGGAGGAGGAGUCGGAGGGGGAGGACAUGCCGGUGGAUUCUUCGCCAGAAUAUUCGCUCAUCAUCAGCUGCAGCUGCUCGCACACAGCUGCCCAGCUGCGGUACCGCCACCCCCUCGCAUGGCGCCCGCGGCCCCCUCGGGACCUGCUCCUCUCCAUCUCCCCAGACAACAUCUCCUGCUCCCCCACCUCCUCCACCUCCUCGUCUUCAUCCUCACUCCUUCCUGCUUCCACAAAUUCCACUGCUGCCUCCUCCUCUUCCUCCUCCUCUGCAUCUGCCUCCUCGCAUGUGCACACUCUCCCUGAUGGCAUGCUUGUUGCUGCUCCGCCCGCUUCUGGCCAGUGCUCUAGGCCUCUGACCGUGCGAGUGCGAGUGACCAACCUCACGGCCUCGGAUCUCAACCUCACGCUCCUCGCUCCCACCACUCUCGCUGCCACUUCCCUCUCUCGCGUCUGCUUCCCCACCUCCCCGCGCCACUCCUCCAAUCUCCUCACUGCGGAUCCCACCACCGAUCCUUCGCUGCUGGGCCAGCAGCAGCCAGGGCAGGGGCAGGGGCAGGGGGGGGAGGAGGGGAGUGAGGACGAGGAGGGAUUAUCUCCUCCCAUGUCGCCUCUACGGGUGUUCAAGUCGUCGUCCCUUGCUGCCACUCUGGACCCCCCUGACGGCUCCAGAUCGCUCCUUCUCCCCGACUUCCUCCGAAACCGCUCCCUCCACCCGAAGCCGCUCCCCUCGCUCACCUCCGACUCCUCAGCCACCAAACCUCAGGGCAUCAGCAGCAGCGGCAGCAUAGGCGAGGGGUCUGCUCAGAACCUGCCGGUUUCGGCUUCAGGAUCAGGAGGAGGGGGAGGGGGAGCGGGAGCGGGAGGGGAGGGAGGGGAGAGGAGUGUGUCGGCAGCAGAGCUGGUGGCCAUGCAUGUGCCUCACAGGACGCACCUCUGGCUGCAGUCCGUCGUUCCCAUGGGGUCAGCUUCUCCUCCCUUCACAGCUUCACUUUCCUUCACGUCGUUUCACCGAGACACCUCCCUUCACCUUCCCACGCGUCUCACUCUUCCCACUCUUCCGUUUCCACUCCCUUCUCUAUCACUUCGCGAACCCCGCGCCCUCCCCACCCCUUCCGCAGCGUUCUCCGUCCUUGGCUCUCUCUUCCCCAUUGUUGUCUCACUUGCGUGCUCUCCUUCCCAUCCCGCCCUCGUUUUGCCAUUCUUCUUUGCACUGGUCGCCCAGCCAUCGCCUGGUGUUUCACUCUUGCUGCUGCACGCCCUCUCCGCUUGCGACCCCUCUCCAUCCCCCUUGGUCUUUCCCCUCCGUCAAGGUGCCGGCGCUGGGCACAUCGGAGGUGCGCUCUUUCUCCCUCCUUUUUCCAUCUAUCAACACCUAAAUCUAUAUUUAGACUUAUCAACCCGCGUUCAAGCACGUCAGCCUCAUAACCCCCUCCUCCCCUUCCCUCCUUUCCCUCCUUUCCCUCCCUUCUUCCCCUCCUCUGCUCCUUUCCUCCCUCUCAUCUCCCCCCCCCCCCUCCCCUCUUCUUUCCCUUCCCCCUCUCUCCUCCCACUCCCGUCCCUCUCCCCCCUCUUUCCCCCUCUCUUCUAUCUCCUGCCGGCCCACAGACACGCUGUUCUUCCCUGA